AUUUUUGUGUGUUCCUGAAAGUCAAGGAAAAAGACCUGUAUUUGAUGGUCAUGCAGGUUCAGUGUCAUAGUCUUGUUAUUCUUUGAGACGAAAGUUAAUGCUACCAUCAGGUAGCAUACGUUACUUGGAGAAAAAGAAUUGAAACAUUUGCCUAACAGUUGUUGUUAGGCCUUGAUGUGAAAAAGUUGUGAACUUGAUGUGACUCUGCAUUUGUGGACUUCAUGAAGUUUGUGACUUGAGGGAAUGACAGAGAAGACUUUGAGGAUAUUUUGACCAUUCUCAUCAUGGCUACAAUCCUGUCGCAGCAUUCAACAACUGGCUUCUAUAAAGCACCUGUCACAAAAGGCCUGCUAGUUGGGUUAUCACUUGCAUACACAGCAAUCCAUGUACCCAUCCUUGCCCAUUUGCGCAAGCACCUUCAUGUUCAAAUCACAGAUAUCAUCUACAAGCAUGAGGUUUGGAAGCUUCUAAUGUCCCGGUUUGCAUUCAUUCAUACAAAGGAUGUUGUGUGUGGUGCUCUUAUAAUUUAUUACUUCAGGAUAUUUGAGAGGCGAUUUGGAUCUCAUGCCUUUGCAUCUUUCCUUUUUGCGACAUCUCUCCUCUCCAUGGCACUGGAGGUGAUCAUUGUCUAUUGUCUGCAUGCCUGGGCUAUGGAUCCCUUUCAGCAGGUAGUCAUGCCACCUGGACCGUACAUGCUUAUAUUCCCGCUGUAUGCAUAUUAUUUCUUUGACAUUCCGCGUGUGACACGGACAUAUAUCAUGGGGAUCCCUGUGACGGACAAAACCCUCACCUAUCUCUUGGGGCUUCAGAUUUGCAGCUCCAGCAUUGGCACCUUCAUCUCUGCUCUCUCUGGUCUUGUUGCUGGUCUCCUAUACAGAGUGAACUUCCUCCGCAUUCAGCAGUUGCUGAAACUACCAAACAUUGUUGCAAAACUGUUUGACAAAACACUAGGCCGUCUACUUGACUCUGGUGACUCCCCUGAAAGCCCCAUCCCUCUUGGGGCAACACUGGAGUUGCAACGACAGCAACAGAUGGAGCUGCUGGAGCAGCAGAUAAUACUCAGUCGAAUGCGAGAGAUGCGACGAAGGCAGCGGCAGCCACGCGUGGGGGCAACACUGGAGUUGCAACGACAGCAACAGAUGGAGCUGCUGGAGCAGCAGAUAAUACUCAGUCGAAUGCGAGAGAUGCGACGAAGGCAGCGGCAGCCACACGUGGGUGCAAUGAAUCCUGAGGAUGAAGAGUUGCAGGUGAAGUUCCUGGAGGAGAUGGGUUUUGAGCGAGCUAGUGCCCGCCAUGCUCUCCACUCCUCCAACUACAACCUCGAGGCGGCAACCAGCAUCCUUCUUCGCGAGGCUGGCUCCUCCUAGGCUACCCUGACUCCCAUGACCUUACCUGCCUCCUGUCCUGACCUUUCAGGGGGAGAAAUUUUGAGCAACUGACAGUUGCUAUUUUCAGUGUUCACUUAAACUCUCUCCACCUGGAUGGUGGAGUGGGUGGUGUGGAGCAGUCAAUAUUUACCAAUACAUUGUAGCAACAUGAAAAAAAA